CUUGCCCCCAAGGAAACUCCUGGCUGGCUGGGGAAGGGGGCAAGGCCGGAGCUGACCUCCCCCUGCCCGUUUUUCUCCUUUCGGCUGCAGAUGUGAAGUACGUGGAGAACUCCAGCGUGGUGAAGGAGGCCCAGGAAAAAGCCAACACAGCCCUGAUGGAGUACACCAUCUGCCAAUAUCCGCACGUCACGGACAAAUUCCGGCAGUUGCUCAUCCAGCUGGCGGACAUCCGGGCCCUCAGCAUGCAGGCCGAAGAUUACCUGUACCACAAACACCUGAGCGGGGAGGUGCCUUGCAACAACCUGCUGAUUGAAAUGCUGCAUGCUAAGCGGACUUGA